CGGGAAAAGGGCACAGCUGGAAUAAUUGAUUUUCCAUUCCCCGAACCAAUCCGGGAGCGGCAAUUUGCGAGGGAAUCAAUCCAUCUGCGGUCUGGCAGAAUCCAACCGAGCUCGAACGGUUUUCACAACUCCGCGUUCGCCCAUUGCCACAUCUCCCUCUUGGAAACAGGAUUUCUUCGUGUUCAACAAUCCCUGUAUGACUCUCAGUAUGCGGCCGCAGAUGUUCCGUGCGGCCGCGCGGUCCUGCCGGGUUCCUAGGGUCACCUAUCCCAGGACCUUCGCAACAACCACCCCUCGCACGGCGGAGGUGGAACUCACAAUUGAUGGCAAAAAGGUCUCGGUAGAAGCGGGCUCCGCCCUGAUCCAAGCCUGCGAGAAGGCAGGUGCAACGGUUCCUAGAUACUGCUAUCACGAGAAGCUGUUGAUUGCAGGAAACUGUCGUAUGUGUCUCGUCGAAGUCGAAAAAGCCCCGAAACCUGUGGCAUCAUGUGCUUGGCCGGUGCAGCCGGGAAUGGUGGUGAAGACAAACUCCCCCUUGGUGCACAAGGCACGCGAGGGUGUCAUGGAGUUCCUACUGGCCAACCACCCUCUUGACUGCCCCGUUUGCGACCAAGGUGGAGAAUGCGAUCUCCAGGAUCAAUCGAUGCGCUAUGGUGCUGAUCGCGGUCGAUUUCACGAAGUCAGUGGCAAGCGUGCCGUGGAGGACAAGAACAUCGGCCCCCUCAUCAAAACUUCCAUGAACAGAUGUAUUCAUUGCACUCGUUGCGUUCGUUUCAUGAAUGACAUUGCCGGAGCACCAGAGCUUGGAACAUCAGGGAGAGGAAAUGACAUGCAAAUUGGAACUUACCUGGAAAAGAACAUCGACACAGAACUUUCCGGCAACGUCAUUGAUCUCUGUCCUGUCGGUGCCCUUACUUCGAAGCCCUACGCUUUCCGUGCGCGUCCGUGGGAGCUCAAGCACACUGAAUCUAUUGAUGUCCUGGAUGCAUUGGGUUCGAACAUUCGCAUUGACUCCAGAGGCAUGGAAGUCAUGCGCAUUAUUCCGAGACUGAACGACGAUAUCAAUGAAGAAUGGAUCAACGACAAGUCCCGAUUCGCCUGCGACGGCCUGAAGACCCAGAGACUCACCACGCCAUUGAUUCGCAGAGAGGGCAAGUUUGUUCCUGCAACCUGGGAACAGGCUCUCACGGAAAUUUCCUCCGCUCACCAGCGACUCCAACCCAAGGAAAACGAAUUCAAGGCUGUUGCUGGUCAUCUUGUUGAUGCCGAGUCUCUUGUUGCUAUGAAAGACCUCGCCAACAAGCUUGGAUCUGACAACCUUGCCCUCGACCAGCCUGGUGGUAGUGCUCCCAUCGCCCACGGUGUUGACGUCCGAUCCAACUACUUGUUCAACUCCAAGAUCUACGGUAUUGAAGACGCAGAUGUGCUUCUUCUCGUCGCAACAAAUCCCCGCCAUGAGGCUUCUGUCCUGAAUGCCCGCAUUCGCAAGCAAUACCUUCGCUCCGAUAUUGAGAUUGCCCUCGUCGGUGAAGAGUUCGAGAGCACUUUUGAACUUGAACACCUAGGAUCCGACGUUUCCGCCUUGAAGACAGCUCUUUCUGGAGAAUUUGGAAAGAAGCUUGCUGCCGCCAAACGUCCUAUGAUCGUUGUUGGCAGUGCUGCCGCCGAGCAUGUGGAUUCCAAGGCCAUUUUUGAGACGGUUGGCAGCUUUGUUGAUAAGCACUCCUCCAACUUCAACACCCCUGAGUGGCAGGGCUACAACGUUCUUCAGCGCGCUGCAUCUCGCGCGGCUGCCUAUGAAAUUGGUUUCACUACGCCUUCUCCCGAGAUUGCCCAAAUUGCUCCCAAGAUGGUCUGGCUUCUCGGUGCUGACGAAGUCAGCCAAGCUGAGAUUCCAAAGGACGCCUUUGUUGUUUAUCAGGGACACCACGGUGACCGGGGUGCUGAAGUUGCCGAUGUUAUUCUCCCUGGUGCAGCUUACACCGAGAAAUCUGGCACUUACAUCAACACUGAGGGACGCGUCCAGGUAACUCGUGCGGCUACAUCUAUGCCUGGCGCGGCACGUGAUGACUGGAAGAUUAUCCGUGCAGCCAGCGAGUUCCUUGCCGCCCCCCUUCCUUACGAUGACAUUGAAGCUCUGCGGGAUCGCCUGGAAGAGAUCAGCCCUGUUAUGCGCCGCUAUGAUAUUGCUGAACCGACUUCCUUGAGCAGUCUGGGCAAAGUCCAGCUUGUUGACCAAAACAAGGGUGCAAAGGCGACAGGAGCUCCCUUUGAAAAUGUUAUUAAGGACUUCUAUUUCACUGAUUCCAUCUCCAGAAGCUCCCCCACGAUGGCACGUUGCUCUGCAGCCAAGGCCACGGGUAAUCCCGAGACGAACUUCAUGGCUGCUGGUGAAAUGUCUCCCCAGGCUCUCUAUGGUUAAGCCUCUAAAACACUGAGCGUUGUGAUCUUGUUUCAUGUUUUCCUUUCUCCACCUGUCUGUCUAUCGGUCUUGGCGUUUUCAUGUACCACCUCACCAACACCUACCUACCUACCCACCC